AUGUCAUCAUAUACAUACCGAGAACGAGACCGGGAAUGGGAUGAGUACUCCCGGCCGUCUGAGCAUCGCAACUCGUAUACAGUCAAGCGUUACGUCAUCCCCUCAGAGGACAGUCGUGAUCGCGAACGAGAUUUUUUUCGUCGCGAGGAUGCCGUAGGGGACCGUGAGUUGGUGAUUCGACGUAGAACAGAGCCUUAUGAGACCGAUUAUGAGGUUCGCCGCGAGUAUCGCGAACAUGAACGAAUAGCACGUUCAAUAUAUGAGCCUGACUACCAGGUCGUUCAUCGUUCUGAAGUUGACCGAGACCCUCGGGACGUUGAAUAUUAUUAUCAAAGACGUGUUCGCGAAUACGACGACGAUCGGGAUCGCAUUAGGCGGGAGAUUAGCCCCCACGACUCAGUCUCUCAAGCCAGCACUCGGAGACACCGUGAGAGAGACCGAGACCGCGACUACAGCAGUGACGAUAGCAUGGUUUAUAUUCGCAAAGAAACUCGCGAAUAUGACGACGAGCCUCACCACCACAAACGGCAUCUGGCCGAAGGUGCACUUCUCGCAGUGGGAGCCGCAGAACUUCUCCGACAUCGUAGUAAAAGCCAAGGGCACGAAGUCUCAGGGGGAGUAGCCCGUGUUGGAAGAGAUGUUGGCGCCGCUGCUCUAGGCGCGAUUGCUGCCAAUGCUGUCGACCAUUACCGAAGCAAGAGCCGCAGACGCUCGUCGUCUGUCGAUGAUGAUGAUCGCCGCCACUAUCAUCAUCGCCGCCGUCACAGUCGCAGCCGCAGCCGCUCGUCGUCUCACUCUAGAGCUAAGACUCUGGCAGGUAUCGGUCUUGGUGCUGCUGCCAUUGCUGGUGCAGUUGCUCUAGCUCGAAACAAAUCGCAAGACGACAGACGGAGCCGUUCACGCCAUCGACGAAGAUCUCAAUCUCGCUCUGGUGAUGCUAGAUCAAAAAGUCGAAACAGACACAUAGCAGCUGCUGGUCUUGCAGGUGCCGCUGCUGCCGGUAUCAUCGAGAAAGUUCGCAGCCGUUCACGGCCUAGAUCCAAAAGUCGUAUAAGACAAGGCCUUCCAAUUAUUGCUGCUGGGCUCGGCACCGCAGCAGCUGCCGGUCUCUAUGAGAACUACAAAGAAAAACGUGAGCAGAGCGCAAAAGGUGAAAGACGGCACUCCCGAUCCCGUUCUUUGAGUCGAGGCCGAGGCGCUAUUCUACCAGACCCCGCGAAAGAAUCAGCUGGCCUCAUUGAAUACGGCCACGACCCAGUCUACGGCAACGUUCCUUCAGCUGAUUACUACGGCCGUCCAGCCAGCCAGCACGGUUACUAUAAUGACGCUGUUGUUCCAGCCGUUGGCGACCGAGACGGUCACAGCCGCGGAUACAGUACUUCUAGCUCAGGAUCUGACCGGAGUCAUCGUCGCCGACACCGUCGACGAGAGAAGAAAGAACGAAGCAGUAGCCGAAUCCGUGACUUCGCGGAGGCCGGACUUGCAGCAGCUGGGUUAGGUUAUGCAGCUUCAAAGAUCUCGGGUAACAAGAAGGAAAAGAGCCAUCGUAGCCGUGAACGGGAAAGCCGACGUCAUGAUCAUGACACUGACUCGUACGAAGAACCGUAUGAUCCAGCUCCUUACAUGCAACCUCCUCCGCCAGGAGCUCCAGUGCCGCCAACAGAAAGUUACUAUCCGUAUACGAAUAGCUUUCCUCCUCCACCAGGAUCUACACCCAACCCCCCACCUGCGCCAUACAAUCCUACCGAAUACCCUCCUCCACCCCCUCCUGGAGCUGUUCCUCCACCGGUACAUGGGUAUCCUCCUCCGCCUGGAGCGCCUCCUGGCAAUGAACCCUACGCCCCUCAACCACGUAGAGCUGAUGAGAAUGUGAGUGCCCCUUUUCUUGACUCUCAUCACACAUCAGAUGGUGUAAGAGGCAUGUCAACGCAGUUUUCCAGAGAGGAUUUAUCUCGUGAUGGCCGUGAAGGACACUCAAGACAGCGAUCUGUCAGUCAACCUGAACCGUCAUCACACUCAAAAUCCGUUUCUUUCGACCUCGAUGGUAAAGCCAAAGCCGAGAAACUAAAGUCAAGUUCAGAUGAUACUUCCUAUGGAGAAGGGUAUGAAACGGAUGACAGCGAUUCAACGAUUGAUGGUCUUGAUCGGGGCCGUCACCACCACCAUCAUGAUCAUCAUCAUCACCGUCAUCAUCCUCCUCCUUCGCAAAACCAGCACUCGUCUAAGUCCUAUGAGCCUACAUCUAAUAAUGAUAAUUAUCGCCAUCAAAGUCAUCAUCAGCAAACUGCGAAGUCUAGUUCUGUUCCGCCUCCUGCUCGUUCUACAACUAAAGAUUCUUCUGAUUCUGAAGCGACAAUCGACCUACCGGAUCGAUUUGAUGCACAAGGACGGAAGCUGCCAGAAGAAGGGGACGAUCCUCUUGCAGAUACAUUUGACCACUUGUUACAAAACAUAUUUUCGAGCGGGCGAUCUCGUGAGCGUUCAGCUCACGGAGUCUGGUAA